UAGGACAACCUAUGUGGCACAGAGGAGGAAGAGCCACCCACAGCUCCCCUCAUCCUCAGGCAACCACGGGACAAUGUGACAUAGAGAGCAGCACUGUAAGCAUGCAGCCCCCCAGACAGGGACACUUGAGCAGGGUACACUCCAGCUACCCCAUGGCCCAGCAGGCUUGGGACAAGGGCACAGUGGGGCAUCCUGGGACUGCGCAGUGCAGCUGGGACACUGGCAUGAGGUUCAGCAGGUCAGAAACUGCCCUUUCAAGGGCCCGAAGCUUGGUCAGGCAGAGGCAGGCAGGUUAGUGCUUUCCACCUGUCCAUGCUUGCCUUGUGGGACUGGGGAUGUGGGGACAAUGGGCUCAGUCAGGGCUGUCCUCACAGGGCAGUCAGCAGCCACCACCACCAGCCACCAGGCUGGCUGCCAGGACUCGCUUAAGCUUGAGCAGCUCAAGAAGGCCAAGCUGCAUGUGGAGAUGGCCAUUAAGGAGAAGAAGAUCUUCAUGGUACAGGGCCCCUACCCUAUCAUCCGCCGCCUGCUGCGAGCCCGGGGCUGGGUGGAGAGGAAGCUCCCUGACACGGGGCAAAGUAAUGGUAGUGGUGGGCAGGGGGAGGAACUGCUGAACUCAUGUGCUGGGGCACAGCCUUUUCUGGGGACCAGAGACCCCCAGCACUACCCAUGGCUACCUGCUGAGGAGGAGGAGGAAGAGAAGGAGGAAGAGCAGUGUGAUGACAACCCCAAUGGCAUCCAUGACCUCAUGUCCUACCUGGUGCGGGACCAGUUGCCAAACUUCAUCUGGACUAACUUCCUUGAAGCCACUGACCGUCAGCUGCUGCAGCAGGACAAUGUGGUGAACCACUAUUCCAGGGUGGAUGCGUUCACCACCAAGGAGGGGCUGUGCCUCAGCCUACAAAACCUGCCAUGGAUUGAGCAAGCUGACCCCAACACCUUCUUCCCCCGGUGCUACCGGCUGGGGAACAUGGAUGAGAGAGAAGCUUUCAUUGAUGAUUUCCGCCUGACAGCAGCACGCAGCCUGCUCAAACUGGCCGUAGAGGAGGUUGGGGAUAUGUCAGUGAGGACUGAGCAGGUCCCAAACUCUGCCAAGAGGGCAGUGUGGCCAGGCUGCCGCCUGUAUCCUGAGCUGGUGGAGGAAGCCCUGGAGGUCUGUAAGCAGCAUCUGAGUGUUCUGCAGCACCAGGACAUUGACAGGAGCACCCCGUCCCCCUGCAGGACAUGCAUUGACUGGGACCACUUCCUGCAGGAAUACUACCGUGUGGCACAUGAGGGGGCAGAGCUGGUGCUGACCAGGCAGCAGCAAAAGCAGUGCCAGAACCUGCUGCAGCGCCUGGCAGAGCAGCUGCCCCAGCUUGACAUGGAGGGGAAGUUCAAUGUCUGGAUCCUCAAGCCUGGUGCUGAAUCCCAAGGGAGGGGCAUCAUCUGCACGACACGGCUGGAGGAGGUGCUGCAGCUGGCAUGGACCUGCACAGCACCCUCAGUGCAGAUGGGCAGGUGGGUGGUGCAGAAGUACGUGGAGCGGCUGCUGACCAUUUUCGGCACCAAAUUUGACAUCCGGCAAUGGUUUCUUGUGACUGACUGGAAGCCACUGACUGUCUGGUUCUACCAAGACUGCUACCUGCGCUUCUGCUCCUGGCCCUUCUCCCUGUGUCACCUGGAGCGUGCCAGGCACCUCUGCAAUGUCUCCGUCCAGAAGUGCUACAACACAUCACCAGACCAGGACCCCCGUGUGCCUCCCGACAAGAUCUGGUCCAACAAGCAGUUCCAGGAAUACCUGGCACAAAUGGGGCAGGCAGAUGCUUGGCACCAGUUGCUGGUGCCCGGCAUGAAGGCGGCAAUCCUGAACACUCUGCGCAGUGCCCAGGAUCGCGUGGGCUUCCGCAAGGGCAGCUUUGAGCUCUAUGGGGCAGACUUUCUUGUUGGGGAGGACCUCCAGCCUUGGCUGCUGGAGAUCAACUCCUGCCCCACCAUGAGCCCCUCCUCAGCAGUGACCCGACGGCUCUGUGCCAACGUCCAGCGGGACACACUGCGCCUGGUGCUCGACCGCAAGGAAAACCCCACCUGUUCCAUUGGAGCGUUUGAACUCAUCUACAAGGAGGCAGCUGUGCCCAAGCCUCUGUCAGCACGUGUGAAGCUGAUGGUCAAAGGCUGUUCCCUGAAGAAGGUCCAGCCAGCACAGCAGCAAGCACAGGAUAAGCCCCCCACUGCUGUGGCCAAGGUCUUCCACCACCCUGUGUCCCCAGGGGCCAAAGCCACCCAUGUACCCAAGCGAGCAUGGCAUCAAUUCCCCAUCAUGGUGCCUUGUGCCCCCAAGCUCUCCCAGGGAGCAGAACCAGGGGGCAGAACUGCCCAGACAGCACGGCGUCAAUCUCCCACCGUCCCUGUGCCCAGUGCCUCCAAGUCGUCUGUGGCCCCACGAAGCAGACCCACCCAGGUGACCCAGAGACCACAGCCUCAACUUCCCACCAUCACUGUACCCAGUGCCUCCAAGUCGUCUGCAGCCCCACGAAGCAGAACCGCCCAGGUGACCCAGCCCAGAGCAGCAACAGGGAAGCUGCCUCCUCUGCAGCAACGGAGCCACUGCUCUUCUCCCAGCUCUGACUCCCCACCACAACAGCCUUGGGCCUCCUCUGCUGGGAGCCAGGAGCUGCCAGGGCUCAGUCGCCUACCUGGGCGGCCCCAGAUCAAUGGCUGUCCCCUGGAUUGGGUGCCUGUGCCACCACCCCGGGCAACUCCCAGCAACCCCUGGCUAUCCCAGGGUUGUUCACGCUCCUUCCCUCCUGCCAAGCCCCUACGCCAACCUCUAUCUGCAUAGAGCGCCACGACCCCAUUCCUGGAACAGAAGUACACAGCAGCUUCCAAUGGGAUGCAGAAGACUUGGGACACUGAGGCACCCCCAGAAGCGGACAGCACCCUGCCUGUCCUUGCUGGGCAAACAUUGCAGUACCAGGCUACCUCUC